CACAUCUCGUUAUUCGUCCGUACGUGUGCACUUAUAUAUUAAUAGUUUUACUUGAAUUUCUUUUUUUAAAGAUAAUUUUUGUGGUACGUAUAAAAUUUGUUUUGAGCCUUCAUUAAUCAUUAAUUUUUUCCCUGAAUAUUGUGAAAUAAUUUCGUAUAACUUAACACGGGUGAAAAUGCACAAUAAAGAUUUAAUUAAAGCUAGUUGGGCAGAUGAAGUUGAAAAUCACUUAGAAAAAACUACCUUACCUCCACCAAAAGUUGAACAACAUGGUAAUACCAAAACUAUUACUGAAUACCGAUGGAAUAAAGAUGAUAAAAAAGAAAAAGUCGUACGAACUUACAAAAUUGAAAGACGUAUUGUUUCUAAAAGCAUUGCUGAAAGAAAAGGUUGGCCCAAAUUUGGAGACUCAAAAAAUGAUAAACCAGGACCUAAUAUUGCAACUACUAUACCCGCUGAAGAAAUUCAAAUGCAAUUCCUAACUGGGAAAGAUGGUGAUAAGCUUGAAGAUAAUCCAUUAGAUAAAAUAAAGAAUGUCAAUAUGAAUAUCAAAUGCCGUAAUUGUGGUGGUGAGCAUUGGUCUUUCUCAUGUCAUUUCAAGGGUACUGGUUUAGUAGUGGAAGACAAAAAACUAGUUCAAGAAAAAAUUAUUGAACCAGAAAAAAAUACGAGUACUAACAGACCUUACAUUCCACCAUUAGCUCGAGAAGGUGCUACAAAUACAGCUGGUAAACGUGAUCCAUACAGUCGUAACUUUGAUGAAGUUCCAGCCAUUCGUAUUGAAAACUUAUCUGAAAGUACUUCUGAAGCUGAUUUGAGUGAUCUUGUUAGUAAAUUUGGUCAAGUAUCAAGAAUUUUCUUGGCUACUAACAAAGUUACUGGUACUUGCAAAGGAUAUGCUUUUGUUAAUUUCAAGUCUAGAAUGGAUGCAGAAAGAGCUAUUAAAAAUCUUCAUGGUUAUGGUUAUGAUCAUUUAAUUUUAAAUGUUAGUUGGUCCACAAAUAACCAUAAAAGCAGUAACUAUUAAAAACUAAAGAUUGUUUGAUUGGAUAUUAAACAUUAUUCAGAAUAAAAUACAUAAGUUUACCUUAAAA